CCAGUCAACUCAUUCCUUCCUUGAUCCUCUAAGACAGACUAAGCAAUCUUCCACCACCACUGGCAGUAGUCUGGCACCCUGUCAUCUCGGUACCCAAAAGGCCUUUUUAAAAGUACAUCCUUGAUUAGAACUUUCACCAUGGCUGUAGGAAACAAUUGCGCACACUCCUUCAAGAUGCUCAAGUCAGACAGCACACUCAUCCAAUGGACUUGCAACUUGUGCCACUCUGGACCGCACUGGUGGAUUUUUGAGUGUAGAUACUGCAAGAUCCACACGUGCCGAGCUUGCGUUCACAAUGUCUAGCCACCGGGGGACCCGGACCGGGGCUGCGCUGUUGCUAUUUGGGCCAUUCGUUUAAGCAAGGAGCUGACAAGAUGUCCACUUCAGUCCUAAAUCCAUAGU